ACAAAACAUUAUUCCUCCGGGAUGGGCGACACGGCCUCUCACAUGAGUGACUUUUCAUCCGACGGAAGUUUGUCCCCUUCAUCCCACUUUUACUCACGGAGCUACACCCCAGUACAGAGCCUACCCUACACGACUGAAGUCAAUAUCAAUUUCAAUCAUUUGAGCAGCUCCACGCAGACUAGAGAUAGCAUAGCACGGAGGCCGCCGCAGAGAUCAAAUUCCAUGCCAGUCACUCGAGGAGAGAGCCGGAGACCCCGUGUGCAGAGUAGACACAACAAAGACGGGGGCUCUGUGAUGAAUGUUCCAUCACCAAAGGGCAGCCCUGCCAGUGAUAGGACUCUUGGUGAUCAGAAGAGAGGUGACAACUCUCGCAAGUCGGCAACGAGGGAACGAAAACGAGGAGCCGGUAGCGGUAGUGGACCACGCCGUACUUGUAGGUUAAUGAGUGCUAAUGCUGCCUUGGACAUGGGUAGUGCACAUUCUGAUAGUCAUGGGGUGGGGGAUAGCAGUAGUAAUACCAGUUCUGUCAUGGCACCUGCUUGUUCGGAUGUGUACCUUCUUUCGGAUACUCAGCCAGAGAUUGAGCCAUGUUCUCUACCAGAUGUAAUUGACCCAGCAGACCUUGGUACUGUGGAGAUAGACCCUGGAGUAUCAGAUGAUGAACUCAUGGCACGAUUGAGGCAGCGAGAUGUCAAGAAGGUCCUGGAAGCUCUAGGGGUACCCGAUGACUCUAUAGCGGAUGAUUAUAAGGAUCUGUCGUCUGGUAGCGAUUCUCUCUUCACGGAUGCAGAGCUCAGUCAACUGGAUAAUGACCAUGAUCUGAAGUCUUUGGAAGAAGAGCUCGGCGGUGAUCUUGACAAUGAUAUCUGUCUUCCAGAUGGCCAUCGGUCUCCUACACCCAACCGCAUGGUGAAUGGUAUUGGCCAGUGCGAGUAUGGGGAUUCCUCAGAACUGUCAAAGGAUUCUGUAAGGUCACCAAGUCAUAGCUCCAGUGACUCUGCUCUAGGUGUAGCCUUUGACAAUGCUGCCAGCUCGCCACCACAAGAUCCAGACUCCCCAAUGGCGCAGGUGUCCUUCCAAACUCCAGCCCAAGGUCAGGGCCAUCAGAUCAACUCUCCUUACGGGGCCGUCCGAGAGUUGGACGAGAAAGAACGCUGGUCCGAGAGGGCCACCAUAGUCACCAAACAGGAUCAUGAGGAUUACAUGAUCAUCGCUGCUGAGAUCAUCAACGAUAUCAUCCUCAAUCUACCUGUUGGCGAAGUCUCCACAGUUCCUGAUCCAGAAACCCCUGUUGUUCCAGCUCCUGAGGUUAACCAGCUGGUCCAGGACUCUGCUCCCAGUGCCAAAGACCAAUCACCUCCUAGAGAGAGUACUGCAGAAGUACCCCCUUCAGAGGGUGGGGUCACCAUGGAGGAUGACGUUAGCGCCCCUACCCCUCCAGAGCCGGCUCGUAAGAACAUCUAUCAGCUGAACGAGGAGGACAUUGCUAACAUGAACCCAUUCCAGAGUACCAACAAGAUGCAGAACUCUCCACCCAUUACAAAGAAACCAAUGGCUGACAACCAAUAUUCUGCUGACAUUGACUUUGAUAACAUGAAGGAUCCAUUCGGUACAUCGAGCAAAGUAGCCAAUACACCCGAGACUGUCACCAGGUCACCUAAGAAGAAGUCUCCCAAGACCAAAUCCCCCACCAGGGAACCUGAAGCGGAUCCCAUGCCUCCCGCCACCAACGAUGUCGGUGACGAUGCUGAGAAAGAUGGUCAUAGUCCUCCAUCCCCCAAGGACAUCCUGUUGCAAUCCCCUCAGAUGAACGGCGGGCCUGAUCUUGACGAGGAGGAUGACUCGAGGCAUGAGGACAACGGUGUCCAGCUGCUGUCAACGGGUGAUGGUGACAGCGGGGUCGCUAGUGCGGAGGAGAGGCAACCUGAUGAAGUCAUGCCUUUAUUUGAUGCUCAAGGUGGAAUCCCUGAUGUGAUUGGUGAUGAUGAAUUCAGACCAGCUGAUGAAGCCUCUGAAGAAGGAGGAGGAGGGGGCGGUCAUGGUGGACUCACUCGAGACAUAAGCUUUGAAGAGAUGGAGUUCAGGUUAGCUGAGGAAGUGUUUGCUAAUAGUGAUGCUAUGCAAUUCGAUGUGGACUAUUUGGCACAAGCAGGCAACUCAGAUAAUUUCAAGGAUUCAGCGUUGGCCAGACAGUCUCUUUACGUCAAGUUUGAUCCGUUGGUUAAAGGGUGCCCUACACCACAAGGCCCUUCAGCCCUGCCUGUGUUAGAACCUGAAGGUGGAGACCUCUUACAGAUGAAGACCCCCUCACCAGGCCAAGUACUCGAUGGUAGGGCCAAGAGGAGAGCAGCCGCUAACCAGAGGGCUAGUACUAGCCCUGACAAUACAGCAGCUAGCAAGAAUGUUGACAGUUUACUGGCAUUCUCUCCAAAUAAUGAUCUAGAUGCAGAGGAUGCAGUUGAAAGUGCUAACUCCAGCACAGAUAUUCCCCCCUCAGUACCUCAGGCAGUCUCCAGCAGUGAUGAAGGCAUUGUACAGCUCUUGCGAUAUUCUCAGUCUGAUAUGGAUGCUGCAGUAUUACAAGCAGCUAGGUCAGCAACAGUUGAAGCACAGAGGGUGGCUGAAGAGAAAUACAAUGAGUAUGAAAAGAAAUCCCAAGGAAGUAAUGAGAAAAUCAAAGACGUCACCAAAGCUAAGGAGACAUUGGAAAAAUCCAGUGCAGAUAUGAGGGCAUUGAUCAUUGAAUAUGAGAAAUCUAUUCAACAACUAAUGGCGGAUGUGUCACAGGCCAAGUCAUCAUCAGACGACACUGCAUCACAGUUACAGAAAGAAAAGGACCAAGCCCUCGAGGACCUUGCUUCAGUAGAGAGUGCCUUCAGUGAUCUACACAGGAGAUAUGAGAAGUUAAAACAAACACUUGAUGGCUAUAGAAAGAAUGAAGAGACAUUAAAAAAACAUGUGACAGAAUACCAAGCGAAGGUCAAGAAACAAGAGCAGAGAUACCAGACACUGAAGUCACAUGCAGAAGAGAAGAUUGAAAAAGCCAAUGAACAAAUCGCGAAGGUCACAAAGAGUUACCAAUCUGAGAUUGCCGGUCUCCAGGCAAGCUUGAAGAGAGAACAGAUGAAUGUAGAGGGACUGGAAAAAACUAUUCAACAAAAGACCAAACAAGUGGGAGAACUGACGAAUAUCUGUGAUGAACUCAUCUCGAAAAUGGGAAGCAGUAGUCAAUGAGAAUAAUUUGAGUGCGAGAGCAGAUUCCUGGAGACUGUUUCAUGAAAGCUGUCAGCUCCGACAAGCUUAUCAGCCAAUCAAAUGCAAGGAAAGACGUCAUAUCUGACAACUUGUCAGAUGACAAAUGUUGAUGAUAAAACUCUCUCCUGAUCCAGCUGGAACAAGAACUACCAUCGAUCUGUCUUGAACACUGUAAUCUUGUGCAACAUAUAGUACUUGUGUAUCACAUGGAGGUCACAUCCUCACACAGAAACAGACUGUCGGAAGCUCAUGAGGAGUGUACACAUUUUGUUUUAUACAUCAAUUGGUUGUAUAAUAUAUAUAUAUAUAUUAUUGUGUGAAUAAUGGAACCAUGUGGAGGACUUUGUGAAUACCUGGAUAUGCUGUGAUGCAAUGGUCUUGGAAUUAUCUGAAAACGGUAUACAAUAGAAGAUCAACUUAGUGAUUUGCGGGUACUAUAGAUUUAUGCCCAGCGUGGCAUUCAUUUUUGUGUAUUAAGAUGCACUUUAUUUCUGAUCAUAUGUACUCUUUUUACAAUGGAAAUGAAUUGUAAGACAAACAAUGAUUGCCUGACCUUGCACUUUGUAAUAGUAUUUGUAGUUUGACAGUCUUCAUGUCACCAUAUGUAAGCCACAUCCUUUGAAAAAAAAAUAAUGAUUCUGAUGUGGUUUGUGAUCAUGAAGAAAUAUGAAGCUCUACAUUAUUGCUAUUUUUGUUGUUUUGGGUCAUAUUUUUAUUCCUUUAGGCUGUUUUCAAUAGUAGGUUAGAAUGGGCGUACACUUACUAUUGAUUUUCAGAUUGUGUUUUUAUAUUCAUUUUGAUGAAAUGGGGGGCUGUUGCGCUUAUCGUCCACUUGUUGCACCCCAGGGGCCUGUUGCAUAAAACUUUUGCCACAAAAAUCUCUGGCAAACAAAAUUAUGCCACUGACGCUUAACACAUUGAAAAACUCUGGCAAAAAAAAAAAGCCAGAAUUUUUCUUUUAUGCAAUAGGCAUCAGGCAGUUUUGUAAUGACCACUUUGUGAUAUCAAAAACAAAAUUCAUGUUGAUUAUAACUGUUUGACAGUUUGAUAUGAUCAACUCAAAAUAUGAAUGUGUAACCAUGAUUUUUAUUUGAUAAUUAAAUUCAUUUAUGAUUCUUGUAAAAUGACUUGGCCAGUCAUUGAUAAUAUUUUGAGUAUUUCUAAAUUUAUUUAAUAAUUGAUAUAUUGUGUUGUAGGUAUACCAUACAUUCACAGUAAUUUAUUUUUACAUAAUCUGCACAUACCUGUAUAGACAAAUAGCAAAUUUAUAAAUGUAUUGACUGUGUAUUGUCUGUAUAUGUAACAGGUAUAUGCUUGAUGUAACCACUGUUUUGUAACAUGUAAUUUUUAUAUUGUUUGUCCUCUUUCGAUUCAGGGUAGUAAUUGGUAAUAACUGUGAGAAAAACUGAAUAUAUAUAAUUGCCCAAUAGACUCCCAGACCCUGAUAAUAUGCUAUGAUGAGUUCUAAGAGAGACCUAUCCAUAAUUAAAGUGAUUGGGUUAUUUGGGUAACAUUGGUUUGACUUUUAGAAAAUAUGAGCUAGAAGGUCACACUUGUCACCUGUGUCUGUGAUAUGUUACAAAAAUGAAGCCCAGAAAAAAUUGCGUUCGAAAAUAAUUAUUUAGUGCUUCAAAAAUUGAAAUACAAAGUGACCGAAAACACCAUCUUAAUUUCAUCCCAUACACUUAUGUGUAGUAUUUAGGCGUCUAUGAGACGCCUAUUUACAAAAUCGGGGUUUGCCUUGUAGUUUUAGCUUUUCAUUCUCAAUAAUGGUUGUUUUCAGGGUUUAUUAGUUCUAAUACAUGCACUUGUACACAUGUUUCAUCUUGAUUUGAGAAUUUUUUAAAUCGGCUGCUCACAAAGUUAAACAAUACCUUUAAGCCAAUAUUUUUUAAAUUUCAUAUGCUAAACGUAAAAGCACCUAUCACACGAAACUGUACUACGAUCUGUGUAAUUCUCAAGACUCCAUUGUUAGCAAGCAAUAUGCAGAAGUCCAUUUCCUCACUCAUCAAUUGAGUGUUUGAGCAUUGAUAGAAAUUGACCAGAAGUAUAUAUUUUUUUAGGAGGGGGAGGGGGCUUGCCGACCCCUAUGUACAAGUGCUGACUACAGGACUAUCACUAGUGCAGGUGACUAGCAGGGCUCCAAACGUCCAUUUUGGACCCUUUGUUGUACCCUGCUGGUUUUUCUUGUAUUAAUGAGAGCAGCGGCUGACUAGACAUAAUCUUUUUCAUGUUUCUUGGAGAUUCGUUAUUCAAUUCAAUGUCCUUGUAAAACUAUCAGAUAACAUUCAAUUCCACUAGUUGUGUAGAAUGGUUUCUAUUGAGAAAAAGUCUAGUGUUGUAUUGUGCAGUUUGGGCCAUGUCCUUAGCAGUAAGAAAAAGGGGAGUUAGAGUAUUGUGGGUAUCUUGAUAUUUGGAGAGUCCAUUGUUUGAAUCUAGGUAACAUGAGAAUAUUUUAAAAAGGCACUGCUUUACUACUUAAUAG